UUGAUAUGGUUGGUUGAUUCACGUUCAUGAUGCCAUUCUACUGCAGCCGCGGUCGCCCAUUUUACGAUAAAUCUAAACAUUUCCCCUUCACGAAUUUAAUGCGACAAUAUUUUGAUCCGCGCCCCAAACACUGACCCACCAUGUUUUCGUCUUCAGCCAAUCAAAUACCUCGUUUUAUCAAGCGUUCGACGAGUGUAUGAUGCAUCGGUGUGAUUGUCAAGCAUAGGAUUAGGAAACGAUGAAAAAACCGCUGAUUUUGAGUUUGUGAAUUAGAAUUUUGGAAAAUUGCAUUAAUCUGCAAUUAAUGUGGUUAAGAAAUAAGAGACUUAUACAAUGCAAACCAAAUUGAGGAGAAAAGUGAGAUCAGACACCUACAGCUAUAACAGAACAGUGGACUCGACCUCCACAGAUUACCUCAAAGAUGACUACUUUGAGAAGAUGAGCACAAAAACGGAUUAUACCUAUUCCAGAAGUCCUAGUUAUAGAAGAAAAGUAGAAAGUGCUUACUACCAAAUACCAAAUAUGUCUCGGGCACAUGUGAGAGGAAAAGCCGGGACCAAUGUGACCAGUGAUUUAUAUGUGAGCUCUGAUGAUGAGGACAUUAGUUACAUAACAAAGGAAAGAUUGUCCACUCGUACAGUUUACGAGGAUGGAAUACUCCUGAGGUCAGGCAACAAUCUGAGGAAUGCCAAGACGUUAAUAGAGAGACAUAAUGUAAAGAACAGAAGAUCCCUGCAAGCUCUGAACACCAACAAGAAUGCGAGGGAGGUCCGGCGAUCCCUACACUCUGUCAACACAAUGGAGGACUCCAGAUUGUCCCGCAGCACAACACGGGGUUCCAGGUCCCGGAGAUCCCAGGCCUCGGACUACGUCACCAGUACAAACCGAAUAACGGAGACGGCGUCAUCCUCGGCCUCUUUGUCAUCUUAUACGUCAUCGUCAAAAUCAUCUGUCUUAGAACCAGUCCGGAAAACUCUCAUCAGGGAGUUUGAUGAUCUGGAAAUGGAGAAAGGAAUGAAAGAAAUUCAGAACUCCAACAGGAAAAUCAAAUUAUAUGGUCUAGAUCAGGUGGACUCUGAUGAAAUGUCUGCAAUGGAAUCAGAAUCCGAGUUUACUGGAACCAACAUGUCUGGCUACCGCUCCAACUCCCAGUACAGUAGGAGUAGCCCUCGGAGGUCAAGGUCAGACACCACAACCUCUACCACGACCUCAGCAUCAGACUCCUCUACUUCCAUGGUCACCACGGUCACCACCACCGUAGUCACCACCAUCAUAGAAACCAUCACCUCCACUGCAAGACCUGUGGCCCAGCCAUUAUGGAACAAUGUGGGACGACCAGUGUGGAACAGUGUAGGCCGGCCGCUUUGGAACAGUGUGGGGGAACCAGCAUGGCGGUACCUGGGUAGACCUGUGUGGUGGUACUUGGUCAGACCGGUCUGUUCACUGACCAGCAGCCUAUUGUCGGUGGCACUCCUGAUGCUGUACCAUCUGAUCUGGACGUACUGUCUGCGACACAUUGUCAAAGCUUGUACGUUUGUGACCAGAAAAACGCUGUCCACUGCACGAGCAGUCGUAGUGAAAAUGGUUGUCUGGGAAGUUGGACUUUUCUCAAGAAUGUCCAGGCUUUCCCGUCUGUGCUGUAUCAUCUUGCCAUUGAUGCUUUUGUUACCAUUAUUGUUUUAUGCAGUUUCCCCAUUCGUUAUGCAUUCCAACUUGAUGGAGAUGUGGAAGGAGAGGUCUUAUGGAGAGAUUUCAGGGGUGGGCAAAGGACUUAGUCCUCACGAGUUAAGAGAACAUGUGAGAAGGAUUGUCAUACAGAUUGACGAGGGCAGGGAACACUCCCUGUCGAUGCCAGAGGUAGAGAGUAUCGUAUCUACGAUGGUGGAACAGCGACUGAAUGAGGAAAAACUGGCCAAUCAGAAUCGCUGGUUGGAGGAGCAGGAGGCUGCUAAAAAUAAGCUUAGGGAUGCACUAAGCAGUGUAAAAACUAAUAGCAAAGAGGAAGAAAAAGAUGGCCCUGUUGAAGACAUCAACAAAUCACGGAUUAGUUCACAAGCACCAAAAGUACAUGUAGAUACUGAGGAACCAAUAAACAUUGAUGAGGAUUUUGGAUUAGACAUAAAGAUCAACAAAUCACAUAUAAGUUCACAAACACCUAAAGUACAUGAACAUGUAGAUACUGAGGAACCAAUACACAUCGAAGAGGAUUCUGGAAAAGACAUAAAGAUCAAUAAAUCACAUAUAAGUUCACAAACACCUAAAGUAAAUACAAAGAAACCAAUACACAUUGAUGUGGGUUCUAGAGAAGAUUUGAAGAUCAACAAAUUGUCAGUCAGUUCUGGGACGCGUGACUUACAUACAAGGGAGCCAGUUGACAAUGAUAUGGAUUCUGAAAUAGAUGGAGAAUCUCAGUUGGACAUGGAGGAGAGGGAAGAUUUUAUAGAGGAAACAGGAUAUGAAGAUGAACCAGUCUUAGAGCCAGAGAACCAGUCUGAAGGGGGAGAUUUGGGGUUUGGGGGCCCUGAAAUCUUGGACACCCCCAUGGAUGAUGGAGGAGUGUGUGAGGCACUUGAUGUACAUAUCAGUGAGACGGACAGGUCUGGGAGCCAAGGGACUGGGGGAACAAUGGACGCUGGAGAAUCUGAAGGCUCUCAUGGAGUAGACACAGGAAUAGCAGGACACACAGCCACAAGGAAACAGAGAGUUACCAGUGAACAAAAGCAUGGAGAUAAUUCCACAUCAAUCACUGGUCACUCACAGAGCCCCUACAGGAUCAGAGAUAUCUACAGAAACCUUAUGCUUAAUCCACGAAGAAGGUCAAGGUAUGAAAUGGUAUCAAAGAAAGAGGUAAAGGUGAAGAAAUCUGCCAGGAAGAAACCUGUAAGAACGAGACCUGUACAACCCCACCUAGACAACAUACCUGCUCCACCUAUGGAGAGAACCAACCUUACUGAGGAGAUCCUUAGGGUGCUGCAGCGGCUCAAUGUGGGCAUGGGUGGGGGAACAGACACUCUGACCGAGGGGGACGUCAGAGCUAUUGCCAGUCAGCUGGUGCAGCGGGAGGUCAGCGGGCUACAGGACAGAAUCACUGAACAAACCCAGGCCAAGAUGUCAGGGAGUGGAGAACAAGAAGAAAGAAUUCUUAAUCUUCAGAAUGAUUUAAAAACCAGUAUAGUGAAUCUUGAACAAAAGUUGACAGACGAAUUGGAUAGAAUGAAAAGUGAAUCUGUCCCUGGUGGUGAGGGAGUCGGUGAUGAAGCGUCGGCGGCCCUCCUACAGAUACAGGAGGACCUGUCUUCUGUCCGCGCCCGCCUAGACAGUCUGGAGCUAGAGAAGCGGUCACUGGCUGUACAGCUAAGGAACUGCUGCCGGAACGACAGCUUCUACACCAGCCUAGUACAGGAUCGCAUCAAUCUGAUCCUGGGACAGAUAAUGUCUGGCAAUGACUCCGGCAGUGCUGACCAGUACACGUUUGGGGCAUGGUUGAAAUCGACCUACAUCAAGAAGAGUGACCUGGAGGAGUACAUGGCAGAGUUCAGUCAGGGGCUGACUGAGAAAAUCAUGAAGGAAAUCCCACAGACAGAGGCGACAGAGGUCUACGUGUCAGAGUCAGGGGUACAAGGCAAAGUGACGGAAAUGGCUGUGAGACAGAUUGUGACAGAAGCUCUAGAGAAGUUCAGUGCUGACAAGAUUGCCAUGCCUGAUUUUGCCCUGGAGUCUGCUGGAGGAAGCAUCAUCAGUACAAAGUGCUCGGAGACGUUCCACAAGAACACCGCUCGUCUGAGUAUACUGGGGAUUCCCCUGUGGUACGUCUCCAACUCCCCACGCAGUGUCAUUCAGCCAGAGAUGCAACCUGGCUCUUGUUGGGCCUUUCAGGGCAGUAGAGGUCACCUGGUGAUCGAGCUGUCAGCCAAUAUCACCCCCACAGCCUUCACACUGGAGCACAUCCCAAAGUCAAUUGCUCCCGAGGGGAAAAUUGAUAGCGCCCCCAAAGAAUUCACUGUUCUGGGUCUGAGUAAUGAAUUUGACACAGUGGGAAGUAACCUAGGUAAUUUUACCUACAAUGAGUCCGGGCCUCCUCUACAAACCUUCAGCAUAAAGAAACCAAACGUUGGAAACUACAAGUUUGUUCAACUGAGUGUUUUAGAAAACCAUGGAAACCCGUUAUAUACAUGCAUCUAUAGAUUCCGGGUGCAUGGAAUUCCAUAUAAACCAAAGAAAAAGUAGAAAACAGACACAAAUCGCUACAUGGCAGCAAAAACGUUUGAAAUGGGGGAAAACGGUUUUCCCAAAAUUGAUUUCUCCCGAGUGCAUUUAAUCAGGACUCUGUGAUAUAAACAAUUCAAGGACUUUUAUUUGUUUUAAUGCCUUACCUUAUGUUGGAAGUUUACAAGGACUGACUAGGUACAGACUGUUUUAUAUUCUUCUGUUGACAGUUGUGAAGCACUGACUAAUUAUGGACGGUGUUGUUUUGUAUUCUUCUAUUGAAGAUAGAUGUGCAUAAUUCUGACUCUGCUCGAGGAAGCUUACUCGUAACCACCAACGCUGUGUUCAGUUGUCGUCAUGUUUUAAUAUUGUUAAAUCAUACAUGUAUAUAUAGGUAUAUUCUGUUUAUUUAUGUACAUUGUGUGAGAUUUUGGUAUUGUUAGUCUAUAUGCUGUUUAUUUAUGUAUAUGGUGUAAGAAUUGGUAUUGUUAUGUCAUAUAUGCUGUUUUUUAAUGUGUAUAGAGUAUGAUAAUUAUUCAAAUCCUCAAUAUCAGGUAGUGUUUUUUACACAAGGAUAGCAAUUUCUCAAAAAAUCAAUGCAUAGUAUAAGUACAGAGCAGCUACAUGUAACUAUGCUGGUUCAUUAGGUAGAUAUGCCUGGUUCAUCAGAUAGAUAUACCUGGUUUGUCAGAUAGAUAUACCUGAUUUAUCAGGUAGGUAUACCUGAUUUAUCAGGUAGGUAUACCUGGUUUAUCAGGUAUAUAUACCUGGUUCAUCAUAUAGAUAUACCUGGUUCAUCAGAUAGAUAUACCUGAUUUGUCAGGUAUAUAUACACCUGGUUCAUCAGAUAGAUAUACCUGGUUUAUCAGGUAAGUAUACCUGGUUCAUUGUUGUUAGCACUCAUCCAUACCUCUGAUGGCAAUGUUACUCUAUGCACUUACUAGAAAAGUUAAAAAUUAACACAUUGAUCUACAAAAUGCAUACUUGUACUAAUGAAUUCACUUUAAAACCAUUGUGCUUAUUUUACAAGAGUUCAGGGUAUCCCUUGGUAUUAUUAAGAAAUAGCCGAAUGUGUUCUGCGUUUCAUUUACAUCUUAGUCAAUCAACUGUUAAUCUAUGGUAUAUCAAUCAGGCUAUGGGUAUCCUGCUGUUUAUAGACAAUUGCAGUUCAAGAUUUCUAAAUAAGAAUACCAUUAUAUAGCUGCACAUCUGUCUAUCCAAAUUUUUUCAACCAGAGAGCUACAGAUCUGCAGCUACUGUAAGCUAUGUGUAGCCGACUUCACUCUGUAUGAACUAUUAGUUAGAUCUCCUGUAAGCUAUGUGCAGCUGACUUCACUGUGCGUCUCAGGUCAGAAUCUCAGUCAUUUCAUGUGUUGUUCGGAAGUUUGGAGAAUACUAUUUAAGUUUUAUGUAUCGGCCAGUGAUUUAAUGUAUAUUUAAAAUAAAAUCCUGUUAAUCUUAUUCACUGCCAUAAACAUUACAUUGACAUGUCAUUUGAAGGGAAUCAGACUGUAAGUUAAAUAAAAAGACAAGAUAAUUCUAUAA